CCCUCUUCUCUUCUCCCCCUAUUUUAUCUCUCCCGUGUCUCGUCUCUCUCCUCCGCUCCUCCUCCCCAUCGCCACAAGUCCACAACCCGGAGGGAGAGGUCAAGCUAGUCUUCUCGUCUCCCGCUCCGCAACGACGAAUGCUAAGUAGUUCCCCAGCGAUGGAGAAUCUGAGAUCUGAAAACUACCACCAAGGUGCUGCCAUGGAGGGCGUCAAGUUUGGGCCAGAGAUGGCCAACACCAACCGGAGGGCCCUGAGCGACAUCAAUAACAUCAUUGGAGGCCCUCACCAGCACUUGGCUGUUAGCAAGAGGGGUCUCUCAGAGAAACCAAUUGCUGCUGUAAAUGCCAAGGAUCAAGCUGGUUUUGUCGGACAUCGUCCAGUCACGAGGCAGAAACGCAACACAGAUGCAGCAUUUCACACAUGUGCAGAUAUGGAAAGCACCAAGAUGGCUGAUGAUGACAUCCCCCAGCCUAUGCUGUCUGAGAUGAAUGAGGCGAUGAGCUGCAAACUGAAAGAGAUAGAGAUGGAAGAUAUUGAGGAGGCAGCACCUGAUAUUGACAGUUGCGAUGUAGGAAAUUCCCUGGCUGUGGUUGAAUAUGUUGAUGAAAUUUACAGAUUUUACAGAAGAACCGAGGGUUCAAGCUGUACCCCUACAAAUUACAUGUCAAGCCAAACUGAUAUAAAUGAGAAUAUGCGUCGCAUACUAAUUGACUGGCUGAUAGAGGUACACUACAAAUUGGAGCUGUUAGAAGAGACCCUUUUCCUCAAUGUGAACAUCAUAGAUAGAUUUUUGGCACUUGAAAAUGUGGUGCGGAAGAAGCUUCAGCUAGUUGGUGUAACUGCUAUGUUGCUUGCGUGCAAGUAUGAAGAGGUGAGCGUACCAGUGGUGGAAGAUCUUAUCUUAAUCUGCGAUCGUGCCUACACAAGGGCUGAUAUUCUUGAAAUGGAGAGAAGGAUAGUGAACACACUUAAGUUCAAUAUGUCGGUGCCGACUCCAUACUGUUUUAUGAGAAGGUUCUUAAAGGCAGCACAAGCAGAAAAGAAGCUCGAGCUCCUAUCAUUCUUCAUGAUCGAGCUUAGCCUUGUUGAAUACGAGAUGCUCAAGUUCUGCCCAUCGAUGCUAGCAGCUUCUGCCAUCUACACAGCUCAAUGCACGAUAAAUGGGUUCAAAUCCUGGAAUAAAUGCUGUGAGCUGCACACAAAAUAUUCAGAAGAACAACUAAUGGAUUGCUCUAGGAUGAUGGUUGAACUGCACCAAAGAGCAGCUCAUGGAAAACUUACUGCGGUCCAUAGAAAGUACAGCACAUUUAGGUAUGGCUGUGCUGCAAAAUCAGAACCUGCCACAUUCUUGCUGGAUGCAAGAGCCUAAGCUAGAACUAAUUGGCUGGUUAUACACACUCUAACUACUUCCAUUGGCUGCUUCAACUAAAUUACAGAGUGGGAUCCACAUAAAUGCAACAACUGUUGCAGCAACCAUUUGGUGGACUGGGUUGGUGUAUUGUGUGAGUUCAAUAUAUUAACGUUGCUGAAAAAUUGGUUUGUGUUGUUUAGUUUUUUUUCCCAAUUAUAUCCAUUGGAAUUCAAUUCGUACAAUUGUAUCUUUAGUAUUAUUCUUUGUUCAUGUGACACCUCUUCAAUCUAAAAAUAAACAUUGAUUGAAUUUCCAGCAUGGCCUAGUGGUUAUAAGUGGAUCUACUGAAAUUGUUCCUUUU